AUGCUGGAGAAAAUUCACUCUGCACACCUCGGCAUAGUAAAGUGUAAAGAUCGCGCCAGGGAGAUUUUCUUUUGGCUUGGAAUGUCUAAAGAUAUUGAAAACUAUGUAAGCGAGUGUGAUAUCUGUGCGAAACAACAAAACGCGAAUCCAAAGGAGCCAAUGAUCGUGCAUGACCUGCCCUCAAGACCCUGGUCAAAACUUGGAAUGGACCUGUUUGAAUUCAAAGGCUAUCAUUACCUUCUCACCGUUGAUUACUUCGCAAAAUGGCCAGAAGUGCAAAAGCGGGAAUCGAUUACGACGAAAUCCGUCAUUGUACAUAUAAAAAGUAUGAUCGCGAAGUACGGGAUACCAGACGAAGUAAUGAGCGACAACGGACCCCAGUUUGGAAGCGCAGAAUUCCGUGAAUUUGCACGCGAGUAUGGUUUUGAACACACAACAACUAGUCCAUAUCAUGCGCAAUCCAAUGGACAAGUGGAGCGAAUGGUUCAGACAGGGAAAAGACUGUUGUUUAAAGCGAAGGGCCCUUACUUGGCCUUGCUGGAGUAUAGAAAUACCAGGAUUGAUGGUGUUGAAAUGUCGCCAGCUCAGAUGUUCUUAGGACGUCGCUUGAAAACUCCAUUACCUGCGACAGCACCCUUGUUGACGACCAAUGCAAAUACUCAAAUCUAUGUGAGUCUCAAAUUGCGCCAAGCGAGGCAACAGGAGAACUUUAACAAACAUGCCAUGCAAAAGCCCCUCAAACCACUAGACCCAGGAGACCAUGUCAUGGUCAAACACCCCGCAAAAGGAACUUGGGAGGCUGGUAUUGUCGAGCGUCAACAUACUACUCCGCGCUCAUACGUUGUGGAAAGCAACAGACGAAAGUAUCGUCGAAAUAGGAGGUACUUGAAGCAAACACGUGCGCGUACUGAAGUCGAUCAAACAUAUGACAGUAGGACUAUGAACUAUGAACCAGUCUACGACUACCCAAGACGCGACCUUGAACGCGCUCCAGACCCAGUUCAUCAGGAAGUCAUAGUCCGUAACGACACACGAGAGGUCGUUACGACGCCUCCAAUUUCUGGACAAAAGAUUGAUCCUUCACAACCAUUACCAAAAGUCACACGUAGUGGACGUGCCAUUAAUAUCCCAGCACGAUACCGUGACUGA